GCAAUCACGCAGGGAAAAUACCAAAAACGGCGAAGCAGCACUGAAGUGAUGAAAAUGCACGAGACGUAGACGAGACAACGACGACAGCGCGACGACGUUCAGAUCAAUCGAAAGAGAAAAUUAUUAUUUGACUAAUGCUAAUGAUAAAGUGGUUACAAAAAAUCGGUGAAAAACGCGAGCGCGAUAAUUUCUAUAGCUACCAUAUCGGAAAGUGCAAAAAAUUCGUUUUGAUUUUUGUAGACGUGUGAAAUUUGAUUGCCGUCAUUAUUGCGGCAGGUGCGCUAAUAGUCGCGAGUUGCGCCGUCGUCGAAAUCGAAACCAAAAACGUCGACACAUAAAGCAACGAAUAAUUUCCUGUGGAAAAUAACCCCAAAAAAGUAAAGAAUUAAAUCAAUUUUGAGUUUAUGUGUGCUUAGAAUAUCAAUAUCAAAAUAAUCAAAUAUAAUGUGUGCUAAAUGUAGUGCGUAUAGCUCGUCAUUUAGAAAAUAGUGGUGCUGGGCGCCUCAACGCCUGGAAGUGCAAUUAACAGUUUAAAUCAAUUUAAGUGUAAAUAAUAAUCUAUAUUUUUAUACGUGUACGUGUGUGUGCAAUUCCGUAUUGCACCGAAAAGCAAAAAAAUUCCGAAGUCAUCGGGUACCACAACGUUACAACGUCUCAAGGCCAAGGCUGCAGGUGGUAGCGUCAAACGCAGUCGAACAAGCAACGCAGCGGCUGGGACAACAGUAACAUCUUGUAAUAGAAGUAAUAGUGGGAUUGGAGGAAGUGCUCGUGCAGCGGGCGGGCGUAAAUUUACUGCAAACAGUAUAACACAAUUGCAACGAAGUGGCGGCGGUGCUGGUCAGUGGUCAGCAGGGGCGGCGGCGACGACGACGGCUGGAGUGGGUGUUAGCACCGGAGUCAAUUCUCCCUAUACAACGGCACACGAUUCCACUUUGUUGGCUGAAAGAGAAUCCGCAUAUUUGCAAGGUUUUCAAUCACCAAAUUACAAUAACACAACAAAUACAGCACCCACAAAAUCAUCAUAUCAGCAACAACAAAACCAGUCCAAUUACAACAAUUCCCUCUAUAACAACAAUAAUAACGCCAGUGCCAAUUAUACAAAUCACUCAACUUACGCCAAUACAUCAUCGUCAUCGCCACACACAGCCACAACAGCGCCUCAUAACAAAAUCCCGACCGGCGGUGCUGGUUCCACGACAACGAUGAUGAUGACCAAACAAAAAAGUUCGCUCGCAGAGCGUCUUAAUAUUGGAGACGAGGUGCGCGAUUUAAAGCUCGGCUGCACUUAUAAUCCAAAAAAUACAACGACCGCCUUUCACACUAUCAAAUAUGACUUCAAGCCAGCAAGUGUGGACAAAAGUAAAGUAGCAACAGUGGACGUCGGCUCCAAUAAUCAAGUUACCGUUACCGUGCCAAAUCUAGUAAGUUCCGGUGUGCCUCAUACAGUUUAUAAGGGAAACCACAGAAAAUACACAAAAGAAUGUUUAUUGAUUUACGAUCGAAAAACCGGUGGUAUUACAUUCGAGAAAUUAAAUCAUAAUAUUCAAGUGAAAAAGACGAGGAGUGAGAUGACAAACAAACCAAGUGCGAUAGCUGCCAGCGUGAAUGUAGCACCGCAGCAAAAACUAGAGAAUAGUACGAUGCGCAUCACAUCGAAGACGAAAGUGUCGACAGGGAGUCGUCGAAAUAAUAUAAUUGAUUUUAAGCCAAGAAACUCGCCAUCCGCAUCCGCAUCGCCGUCUGCACCGCCAUCCAUACACAAAAGUCCACAGUCAGCGCCGGCCUGGAACGCAAAUAAUACACAAGCCACGCUGCCCAGCAUUCCAAUGAUCUUCGAUGACGAUGAUGGCACAUUCGGACUGACCGCGGCCGCCGCCGCCACUGGCAAUAGUCAUAUGCACGGUGGCAGUGGCGGUGAUACGGCGAAUAUGUCUUCAUCAUCUUCUGCGUCGAGUCAUAACAAUUCAGCUCACGAUUAUCACAUGCAAAUGCAACAGCAACAACAUCAACCUGCGCCGACCAAACAGUCAAAGCAAUCGCAUCGCAACAAUCAGAAACGGCAAAACAAUUUGAACGCUGCGGCGGCGACGUCGGCCACAAAUGCGUCAGCACAGAGUCAUGGCAAACAGACGAAACACAAUCGUAUGGAACAACGAACUGCCUCGCCACAAAACUUUACACACCAACAACAGCAUAGGCAUAAUCCUUACCAACAACAACAGCAACCCAACAACAAUCGCAUGUACGCCACAAACUCAACGUCCUCAAUGCAUAUGUCGAAUGGCGGUGGUGCUGGUGGCUAUCACAACAACAGCAACAACAUGUCCAUGGGCAAUCAAAUGUUGCAACAACAACAUCAUCAGACACAACAACAACAACACCACAAUAUGCCAGGCAUGUCAUCGCCACACGAUAGCGAUGCCGCAAUGGCUAGUGCGGCGGCGCAACUCGAACAGCAAAUACGCGGUCUUAGCUCCUCCAGUUCGAGUUCUAGCUCAGAUUCGAGCGGCAGCGAUUGUGGCAGUGACUCAGGCAGCGAUAGUAGUGAUGAAGAAGAUGGUGCUGGUAAUCAUCAUCCUCAGCAGCAGCAUCACCAUCAUCAGCAACAACAACAACAACAGCCACAUGCGCAACAUCAAAUGCAUCAAUUGCCAAAUUUGAUGUCAGCGCUGCCGCCAAUGAAUGCUGCGGCACAGCCACAACAACAACAACACUACAAUCGCAAUGCGCCUUCAUCUGGUUAUGCGUCUAAUAAUAGCCACAACAACAACAAUGGUGCAUUUACAAGUGAUUUGCUGCAAAACGAUCUGCAAUUAUCAUCGAACUCAUCCGAUGAAGAUGAUUAGUAAUAGUGGAAUAUAUAUACAUAUAUUUAUAUAUUAUAGAUUUACACACACACACACACGCGCUACAUACAAGAAAAAAAAAUACACAAGCAACAAUAUAGUAACAACAAAAACAUACGUAGACAUAUAUUUGUUUGCUAAUAUUAUGAAAGUUUUUUUUUUGUUUUUGCUUUUAAUUGCUUGCAUACACGUAUGUAUGUAUUUUAAGCGGAUUUAUAUAUAUUUUAGUUAUGCAUUCUAUUCUACUUUAGGCAACUAAUUUUUUGUUUAGGCGUUUCUUUUUUAAAUUAAUAAUAAUAUUACUAUAUAUAUAUAUAUAUAUGUAUAUAUGUAUAUAUAUACUUUUAAACUGAAAUUCAAGUUUGCACGCAACGCUUGCAAAACUGUGCAUAUAUACUCUCCGCUCUUAUUUUUUUAUUCUAUAUGAAACUGAAAAUGCUGAAUUUAUUUGCAAUUGUAAUAUAAACAUAACUCUUGUACUCUUAGCAACAUGUUGCUAGAGUAUACAAAUGUUGCGGCAUCACAAAGUUGCUUGGUUAUUGAUUUAAAUAAUUAAAAAGCAGUGCGCAUAUAGCUACUAGAGGGCGAAGGGGAGUGUUGAGGAAGUGUUAAUUUAAUACUAGUAAAAUUUAAAGUGAAAAUAACUUAGCAAAGCAAACACUGCACACUACAUACAUAUAUGCAUGUUUGUAAUAGGUCUAAAAAACAAGACAACACAAACAAGGCAAACACUGUGUUGCAGCAUAAAUAUUGUAGAAACCCGCAGCAGAAAUGAAAUUAAGUUGUACAAAAGCGUUAGAAAAACAAUGUUAAAAUGAAAAUAAAAUAAUAGCAACAACAACAAUUUAGUAAAAUAAUGUAACACAAACGAAUGAAAAUGCCAAUUUGUAUAUAGUAUAUAAAACAAAAACAAAAAAUUUAAUAAUAUUUUCGCUCAUUUAAAUUUAUACAAAAUAAGUUUAGUUACACAAACAACAACAAAAAAAAAACAAAUGUUUUGUGCGCAUGCGCCAUGUGAAACAUUUAAAUAAGUCCAAAAUAAACGUAAACAUAGCAGUAAAAAGCUAAUAUGCAAUCAGUAACUGUGCAGGUUUAAGAGAUUUAUAAAUACGAAAACACAAAAUACUGGCAAAAAUAGGGGUAAUUUAGUGGUUAGACAAAAGCUGUACAUGAUGGGAAAUUAACAUGUGCAUUUAAAUGAUCUACAUACUUAAAUUGUAAAACAAAGGAAAUUUAAAGAAAAAAAUAAUGUGAAAGAGAUUUUGUAAAGUGCAAGCAAUUUUGUUAUUUAUUAAUGCAACUUUAUGAAUUGCAACAAUUAUUAUAAAAUUACGAAUUUUCAAUAUUUUUGUUAUGGAAAUACAUAAAUAGUUUUUGUUAGAAAAAAGCAAUAUAAAUUAAUUUUUAACAAAGAUGGCAAAGAAGUGAUUUUUUUAAUUUAAAUUUUAAAUUUUUUUAUUAUUAAUUUUAUUACUUUCUUUAAUUUUUGUUUUAUUUUUUGCUAUUUUUAUAGAAAAAAAUAUAAAUUCAUUUUCAACAAAAAGGUCUUAGGAUAGAUCUUUUUAAAUUAUUUUUUUUAGAAAAUUCACUUAACAUAACAAAAAAAUGUCUUAGAAGUUAUUUUUUAAAUUUUAAUUUUAAUUUUUUUUUUUUUUUGGUUUAGAAAAAAUCACAUUUUGUAGCAUUAUAAAUUAAUUUCCAAGAAGUGAUAUUUUUUAAAUAUUAAUUGAUUAAUUUAAAAAAAAUCAAAUUCGAAGCAGUUUAAAUUCAUUUCUAACAAAAAAAGAGCUCUAAGAAGUAAUUUUUUUUUAAUUUGAUAUUUUUUUAAGAAAAUAUUUUCCUUUAAAAUUAACUAUUUUUUUUUGCAAAUAAAUAACAAUUUUCUAAUGAAAUAUUGAAAAUUCGAAAUUUUUAGUAUAAUAUGAAAUUACAUAAAUUAAGCGCGAAAAAUUUUUGUGUAUUUUAUUAUUUUUACAGUUAUUUGUUUUCGCAUAUAAAUAUUUUUUUUUUAUUUUUAUUUAUUAAAUGAAAUGUUUUAUAUUUUUUAAAUUAAAAUAAAUUAUUAUUUGAAUUAAAUUACAUUUCAAAUAUACUCAAACAAUUUGCAAAAAAGCAGCAAUUUGAAAAAGAAAUAAUAAUAAUAGAAUAUGCAAAAUAUUUUUUUUUUAUCAAAUUUAGUUAUGGAAGAUUAAAUGCGCUUUGGAAAAAAAACUGGUUAGUGGCUCAAAGGAAAUUAGAAUGCGUUAAAAAAACGUUACAUAAUUACAGAAAUAGUAAAAUAUUUUGUUACAACAACAACAAUAAGCUGAAAAAAUGUUUUCCGAACUUUUUUCUUAUUUAAAUUUAAAUUUGUUAUAAAAAAAUCGAAACUUAAAAAAAAUCAUUUUAAGUAAAUUCAAAGCUGUCAAAGCAAAGUAACAAAAGGACUGUCAAACUUUUAUUUUUUUUUGUUGUAAAAAAAAAUAUAAUAUUUUUCAAUCAUUUUUGUUGAAUGCUGGUGAGUUGACUCACGGAAAAUAAAUCGCGGUGCGUAGAAUCGACUACUUGGAGCCUUACUUUGCCUGCCUGAAAGCAGCAGUUAAAAAUUUGAAAUUUACUUAACACCAAAAUUUUGGGUUUGAAACUCAUUGACAAUUUAGUUUUUAGUUUUUUAGCAGAGCUUGCCAGCAGUAGGGCACUUAUAAAAUAAAUGUUAAAGAAUUCUGACAAACUAAAUUUGAAUUUGAAAUUAAAAAAAAAAAAAAACAAUAUUACAAAAACAACAAUAAUUUAUUUCUAGAAAAAAAUCUAAAUUUUAAUUAUGUUUUAUUCGCGCUUAAUUUAUAAUUUAUUGGUUUAUAUGUAUAACUCAUUAUUUCAUAGCUCAUUUAACAGCAACAAGAAAUAGCAAUACACAACAGUGAACAUGCAUAUACACACACAUUUAUAUAUAUACAAGCAUAAAUGCAUACAAAAUGUCUAAAAAAAUGUUGCCAUUUCAACUGAAGAGAGGUUGUAAAAUAAAAUAAAAUAAAAAUAGUUUAAAGCAACAACGCUGUUACAUUUAAACACAACAAAAAUGCUAUAAAAAAAAAGAAA